AUCUAGCGAUGCACGACGAAUUUAAUCGGUCGCGAAAACAGAGCUCCCAACUCCCAACUCUCGCUGAUUCAGUGUUUCGUGUAUUAGCUCGAAUGAAGCUAAUGGAGGACGGGAAGAUGUUUCGAUAGAAUAUAGAAUAUGCUAUCGGAGAUACAUCUGUCGUAUACGUGAAGUGAAGCGCAUUUUUUUUCACCCAUGUCCGUCGUUCCAACAGAACAAUAACUCUCGCAGAACUUGCAAGAACAAUCUCUCCUAAAUGGGGAAGGUUAAAAAGAGGCCAGAAUUGCUCCAUUGUGGCAAAUCGCGCAAUAUAUUGCGCAAUUUGAUGCUGAGAGAUUUCGGAUUACACACAACUCAUAAAACUAGUACACGUGAAUUGGAGCCAAUAGCUGAAGCAAACCUAGUGCUAAAAGAUCAUAAAGAAUUGAAAUGUAGUUUACCUGGUGUUCCUAGAGCCACAUUUUUGAUGGUUUUCAGUCCUGAUGGGACUAUGGUGGCAUCUACACAUGGGAAUCACAAUGUUUAUAUCACGGAAAUUUCAACGGGAAGAAACAUUAAAAUUCUGUCUGGACAUCCACGUACUCCGUGGUGCAUAGCUUUCCAUCCAUCUUCCAAUCAAAUCUUAGCAUCUGGCUGCUUGGGAGGUCAAGUUCGUGUGUGGGAUUUAAGCGGUGGUAGCGAAAUUUGGAAUGCUGAUAGUCAUACCGUAAUCGCUUCACUUGCAUUCCAUCCAUUUGAAAGAUUAUUAGUUAUAGCGACAUACAAUGAAAUUCAUUUCUGGGAUUGGAGUAAAUCUCAACCUUUCGCUGUAGCUGCUACAAAGACUGAUAAGGAAAAAGUGAGAUAUGUAGCUUUUGACAAUUUAGGAAGAAAACUAAUCACAGGAAUUGCAAAUACACCACAAGUUCAACCACAAUGGGAUCGGGCUCCUGUAGGACAAUUACUUAGAACUAGUUUGGUGAAUUUUAGGUAUCAGCCGCGAGAAGGCUUUCCGGAUGUUGAGCUUUCACCUUGGCACAUGUGGAAUCAUAGCUCUAUAUACGGAAGAGGAUCGACGGAUAAUCACACCCCAGAUAGGGCUUCCCGUGCGUAUCUGUUUAUGCGCAGAGGUCACGAAAUGUCUAGCUUCUCGCGAUUUGCCAAUCAUCAACAGUUCAGGAACAGUACACGGCAGGAAGAGGCGCGGUUUCAACGGCGACGUAAUCUAUCCGAAGGUACAAUGUCUAUGUUACGAUGGCCCUCGUGCCAUCGUAGAUGCAACGAUAGACAUCAUGAGCUAGUACGACAACUUAGAACCGCUAUAUCGUUUCGUAACAAUGCUCAAUCUGCAAGUACUCCAUCUGGUACUGUAACAAUUGAGAUUCGUCGUAAUAGUUUUCUGCCUUACGAUGUAGAACUGAAUCAAACUAACGAAGCUACAUCUUCACCGAAUAUCACGAGAAAUCCUCCUCGCCCGCCCGGGAAUCCGACGAAUGCGGACAAUGUCGAAAACAGAUCAGCGGACGACAGCAACGACGACGAUUUUCCGAAUAGUUCAAUGAGGAGUCGCGAUCGAGAACCUAACGCGACAAAUACUUCUCACCUCAGGGACACAUUAUACGAGCGAUUGAACAACGUGUGGGACGAAAGAAUGCGCGGAAGGAGUGUUCAAGAUCCGGAAAGGAGGAUCAAUUUAUGCUACAGAAAUCUCGUUGAUCAGUAUGUGACGCUCGUAAGACGAUACUUUGACAUUUCCAGAAACAGAGAUACGAUCGAUCGUGGCACAGACCCUAUGGAUAUGCCAGAAACAUCCGCAAAUUCGGAAGAGUCUAAUAAUAACAGAAACGAAUCAUCGGCGGCGACUGAAUCGUCUAUACGAAGAUUAAGAAAUGAAUUGAACUCCAGCGCCCAAGCGAAUAAUACGAAUCUCGAGAGGCAUUUACAACGAUACCAGCGAUUAUUGAUGGAACGUUGCGAGCAAGAGGAGAUCGGAACCACCCUUCAUAAUUUAAGGGAGGCUCUGAAUGCCGCUGCCGAGAAUAAUAGUUCGUGCUUGGUGCGAUUGCAGAAAUUGCGAGAGAGAUUACAACGGCAAACAACAACUUUAUUCGAGUAUUCCAACAAUCGUAAUACUCGUCUCCAGUUACUUCGCAAUGCUCUCAACGACGAGAUCGAAGCGCUUAAUAAUAUGGAGGCGCAAUUUACUAAUACAAGUUCCAGGAUCGAACGAUUGCGAGACGAAUUCGCGAUGUAUGGUUUUCUGCCGCGAAAUCGUCACAUCGCGACUGAUCCUUCGCAGGUGAAUUUAAGCGAUGCCGAAUGGAGAGCACUUACGCAAAACGACGGACAAUUACCUAGCACCAGUUCCGCAUCAUCAAGGAUACACGAAUCUGCUGUAUUUCCUAGCACAAGUUAUGUCGGAGAAAAUGAAGAAAACGGCGCAAUAUGGCCCGAAAGUGCGAAUAGUAGGGAGAACACGAAUACAUUGUCGAGAAAUACGGGGAGAGCCAUGAGAAGACGAUUCGACGCCACAAACAUAGAGGACGAACCGCCGAGGCGACGAAAGCGCAAAUUAGGACCAAUAAUGUUACCAUCCUAUAUCGGAGAUAGUUCAUCUUCGAGCGACGAAAGCUAUCCGCAAGCAUCGACAUCCCAUAAUGGUGCGUCUAAUUUUACAGUUUCAAGUCAUUCAGCGUUUCAGCCAAACGUACCUAAAUCCACUACGCAACGAGCAAACUCGCAGAAUCAAGAAGCGCCAGCUAGUUCUCCCAGAUUAAAUGAAAGUGACAGGAACAGAUUCCCUGAUAAUUUAAAUAACGAAUCAGACGGAAAUAAUAUUCAAAAUAGAACAUCAAGAAACAUACAAAAUUUGCAAGAAAUGUCGAGAUCUCAAGAAUUCAGUAGUAGAAAUACACUCAGGAAAAUGCUGGAUGCUCUCCAGCGAAAUUUACACGCCGAUCGGAUAGAAAACAACAACACUGGGCAACAAGUAUCUUUGGAUGAUUCGGAGAAUGGAUAUUGGCUCCUUGAAGAGAACAGUAAUUCGGAUUCAAAUUUGGACGAUACAAAUUCCAAUAGCAACUCAAACUCUCGUCGAUGGACCAGCCGAUGGAUACAGUUGGAUAAUUCGAGCAGAAACUCGGAAUACACCAACGACUUACCAAACGAGCGAACUCAAUCGAGAUCUUUAUCGGAAAAUGGGGAUCAGAAUUUUAACGAUAGACAUAGAGAUCAAAGAAAUCACCUGUUAUCGCCUGUAUCUGCAAAUCCUACUCGCUACGAACAACCGCCGUUGUUUCCGUUUAGAAGUUUGCGAGAAAACCAAUCACAGAGAAUGGAACAAAAUCAAAUACCCUCCGGCAACGGUUCUAACAGUGCUCACUCGCAAAUGUCUAAUUCAAACGUAGCGGAUACAGUAGAAUUAACGGAAAGCGUCAACGAUCCUGUUACAGUAAGAAUCACUGACGCAACUAAUCGCGAGAGCAAUCGAUCGACGGGAAUCGAUAGGCAACAACAGCAGCAAAAUCAGGAUCAACGAAAUAUAGAUGACGCAAAUCUUGAUUCUAGCGAUAUAGAUCCAAUAAUACUCGGUGCCGGCAAUAUAGAUCCGAGAGAAAGUUCACUAGGAGUUCGGCAAGGAAUUCAAUUGCUUAGUCGUCAUAUUGACAACAUGCAUCGUUUGUGCCGAGCGCGGUUAGAGAUAGUUCAGUUGUGUCAAGUGCGCAAAAUGUGGGAAGAUCUACAACGACAAAUACGAUCGUUACACGUGACAGUUCGCAUAGAAAGGCAGAACAGUGAUCAAACUGAGGCGCAAAGAGACAAUCCUGGUCCAUCAACUUCGGCUGCGAGUUCAUCGAACGAAUCUGCAAAGAAUUUUAAGAAAGCUCUUCUGGAGAAUUAUCAGAGAGAGAACAGCGAGAACGAUCGCGACACGAGAUCGUACAUAGAUCAGAAUCAACCGUCAACUUCGAGGGGAAUAACCGAUCUCGAUGAAAAUUACGAGGAUGAGCCCACGUUGUCCGUCAAUCGUAACAUCGAGGAGAGCACGACCAAUAUAAGUCUCUCGAAUCUGUUGCCGAGUGACACCGAAUUACGACGGAUGCAGCGUCUCAAACUGAACGAGAUGCUGGACGGCUUGUACGCACGGCUGACGUCACGCUGUCAGAAUUGUGAUUCUCGCGUCGCCAAUGUCGCGCCGCGAGCGAAAAAUGACGAUCAUACAUAUGCCAAUUUAACAUCCGACGGCGACGUGCAGUUACCCAGUAUGUCCAGCGUUGUAUCGAAUAUCGGAGCUAACUCGAAUUUACCGGCCGUUACUGCGAUAACGACAACAACAGAACCGUUACCAAGCAUUUCGAGUUUCGGCAGUAGUAUCGAUCGCGCCAGUCCCAGCAGAUCGACCCAAGUAUCGGACACGAAUGCUAAUUACACCGCGAUGGGCGAAGCAACCGCUAACAAUAACAACAAUAAUGGCAGCAAUGAUGAUAUCACCGUCGAUUCCCUUUUGCAAGAUUCAGCGAACCAAGAUGGAGCGAACUCAGCUUUUCCAUCGUCGCUCGAAUCAUCUGCUAAUAAUUGUAAUAGACAACGUAGUAAACAGACAACUCUCAGACGUUUAAAGUUGCAUCGAGACAGACUCGUGAGACAAAAUCUUAGAACUCAGUCCAAUAAUCCGUUUCGUCAUUGCAAGAUGAAGAAUCUCAGAAGACCAUGGAUUUUACGUAGAAAUACAUUCCAGUGUAAUAGCAGCAAUAACAACGACUGUUUAGAUGUGGAUAUAGAUAGAACACGAAGCUCGAACACAUCCGAGUAUUUACAAAAGAUGAUUCUACGACUAGAAACGUUGGUCCGACAGCAGAGAGCCUUAGCUCGGAAUAGCAAUACCAAUAGAGGAUCUGACGGUGAUAAUCGUCGAUCAGAAGCUAGUAGGGACAACGAUAAUCGAGAAAUGGAAGAGAUUCGUGAAGCUACAAGAUUGAGAGCUAGACAAGUCCUUGGCUUGAUGGUGAGAUCCCUGAUCCAAUUCUUCGAAGUAACAAGAUCAGGAAAUGGCUCCCAAAGCAAUGUUCUCUAUGAACAAAUGUAUAAACUGUAUGUGCUGUUACAUUUGGCGCUGGAACUAACAGACUUAUUGCUAGCACAAUUAGUGAUAACAAGACGCGAACUGGAAUCUAGUCAAUAUAGAUCUUUCACUACCGAUUUGUCGGUCGACAACCAGAAUGAGGGAACGCGUAAUAAUAGCGUCGAUAGUAGUCUGCAGACAGAGAAUGAUCGCGAUAAUGACAUGCUGAGGCAUAUAAAUCUGUAUAGAGAGUGCGUCUCGUCGAAUUUUCGCCCUAUGCCCUGUACAUCUAGCGUGGACUCCGUGGAGGAUCUUUUCUCGAUAAACAGAAAUAGACGUGAUCUUACCCAAGAAGUGAGGCAACAAUUGAUGCAAGUGUUUCGCCAGAGAAGACAAAACAUUAAUAAUAAUUCGUCCGAGAGCCAAAGUGAUCCGGUAGUAGCUGUACCUAGCAGCGACAAUAGCGAUGAUAUCAAUUACGACGAUAACGCUCAAAGCGAAGAUAAUCGGCAUUCGACUUCCGAGCACGCUUUGUCAGCAGAGGUGCAGAGUAUCGUGGAAAGAAUCCAGAGUAGCAGCUCAAUUGACAAUGAUGAGGUCAGAACGGGAAAUGAGAAUCGAAUGAUCGAUGCUGCACAUCAUUCGCGCGAAUCGCGAAAUUUGAACGACAGCUAUCUAAUUCGGAAUUACAGAAAUGCUACAGUAUCCGAACCGGCAAUGAGAAGACGCGCUGAUGAAUCGAGAAACUCUCAAGAAAGGAAUACCGGUCAUUCCAACGUAAGUUGGAGAAGUUAUGUUUAUUCGUCGGGAGACGAACAAAGCAACAUCAGAUCGCCGCAACAGAGACGUCGAACUCGACUCGUAGACACGACCACGGGUGUACUUCGACGAGAAUUCAACGUGCCCGAAUUGCAAGUGAACAGCGUACCGGUGAAUGAUUUCGACAAUUUAUCCGGUAAUCCUCGAAGAAGACACAACACACCGCCGAUUCUGCAGUCGCAUAUGAUUCCUCCAUACUUAAUCAAUAAUUUCCUCUACAACAAUAAUGACACCAGAAACAAUGAUCGGACAAACGAAUCGACAGUACAAUCUGGACCAGGUUGGGCUGGAUUGUCGAACAAUAGCAGAAAUAGGGUAUUGGCGUUUUGGCGCAAUCGAUUUGGGCCUGUUUUUAUACCUCGUUAUUCCGAACUCACGGCUAAUGGAGGAUCACGGAUUGGAGAAGGUACUAGUGGCAAUCCUGGGGGUGGCGGUGGUGGCGGCGACGAUGGAACUGGUGGUGGAGGAACAGGGGGAAGAGAAGGAGAGGGAGGACAAGAUCCUGCAAACGAUAACGAAUAUUUGGACAUUGAACAUAUACCAGUGGGCAUGCCGUUCAAUUCAGCGUUGGAAGUGCAGAGUUAUCGAGUACAAGCCUGGGAUUUUUCUAAUGGUGAUAUACCUGAUAUUACGGACCCUGACAAAAACGUCGUGGUGCGCGAGUGUAGAAUUCAUAAUGAUGCCUGUAUUGAUAUAUCUGCAGAUGGAAAGUUGCUAGCGACUCUUUUGCCAUCUGGUCGUAUAAAUGUGACUACCAUGUUAGGUAUUUACAGCCUGCAAUGGGAAACACUGGGAGAAAGGAUUUAUUCGACGAAAAUUGAUCAAACGGUAGUAUCUGUCUCGAUGUCACCAACGCAACAGCAUCUCUUAGUAGGUUUGUCACGCAGGGUUCAUAUCCCUGCCAGGCCGUUUCCGAUGGCUCUAAUCUAUAAGUUAAAGGAAAAACAGCCUGACGACGAGAAAAAUGUUUCAUCGACGGAUUCGACUGUCGAAUCUGCAUACGAUUCCUCUGACGAGAUUCUCGACGAUAAUAUUUCUACGAAUAAUACCCCCCGACGAAACAACAACAAUGUUACACCCAGCGGUUACAGGCCGCACGUUCAAGACUGGCGAAUACGAAUGAGAACCGAACUGGACAUUAAACGUAACAGAGAAAGUAUGGUACUUAUUCGGGAAUUGUUGCAAAGCAGCCGGGAAACCUCUGGCUACAUCAGUCUAAACUGCAUUAGAUGGGCACCGCAGCCGGGUCAAGGGAUGAUCUAUGCCACAAGUAGCGGACAGCUAAAUAUUUUACAAUGAUUCCGUGUGCGCUCAUAGUAGACAGAGACGAAAGUAAACGUUCUCUUCGUAUUAUAACGAUGCUUACCAUAAAUGUCAUACACGUAAGACAUAAUGCAGUAUCGCGGUUCACACUAAACUUCUUUUCGGUAGACUGUAAGAAAAAAGUAUAGAUAUAAUGCGUGACGAACGAUAAUAACGACAUUUUUAUUAUCAAUUGAUUAUCAAAUCUGGUGGAUAGCACGAUGAUAAAUAUCAAACUACAAUGAUCUAUGAUAUUUAUAUUUAAUUCUUUGUCACAGAUUGCUUUUUUUAUAUUCAAAGCAAGUAUAUAAAAAAUGCAAGAUGUAGAUAUAAUAAUAUAUAUUUGAUUAAUGUAUUAUUGUAUAGUUUAUCUAUAUUAUUAUUAUUCUAUCUAAUAUUAUUAUGCAGUUUUUCUAUUCAUAUAUAAUUUAAAAAGACUUUGCAUUGUUUCUGUUAGAUUAAACCUGUAAUACAAGUUAUCUUUCUUUCUAUGAAAGCUUCUAUUGGAUCAUAUAGUACGAAAAUAGAACUGAUAUAAAUUAUGGGUUAUAUGCAUUGUACACAGUAUCAAGAUAUAUAUUUACUGAUCGACGAACGCGCCCUAAUGCCGUCAAAUAAAUCAUUCAAAAUGCA